UAUAAAAUUGAAAAUUAUAUAAGAAUAUGUAUAAUAUGUAAAUACUCUUUAAUAAUCUGUAGGACAAAUUAGAUUGCAGUCAUUACAUACUAAAUGAGCUUUUGAACGGCAACAUCAAGCUCUCUAUCUUCUGUAUGAGAUAACAAAGGAGGUGCUGGUGUAGGUCUUUGUGUCAAAUGAUUUUUCUUUAAAGGAUUCCUGUAUAAAUGUAAAAUCAUAAACCAAGUCAGAUUCUACAACAUUUAAGCAAAUAUGAGCUUGUGGGUGGAUAAAUAUCGCCCGACAACACUCGGGAAAUUGGAUUAUCAUCAAGAACAAGCAGAAUACUUGAGAAAUAUGGUAAAAAAAGGUGAUUUUCCGCAUUUAUUAGUGUAUGGACCAUCAGGUGCAGGAAAGAAAACUCGUAUACUAUGUAUCAUAAAAGAAUUGUAUGGAAAUGGAGUUGAGAAGCUGAGGAUGGAAUCUAUGACAUUUGAAACACCAUCUAAAAAGAAGCUAGAGAUAACAACAAUAAGUAGUAACUAUCACAUUGAGGUAAACCCCAGUGAUGUGGGUAUAUAUGAUAGAGUUGUAGUAAUGGAUUUGGUAAAAACUACUGCUCAAACUCAUCAAAUAGAUCCAAGUGGACAAAGAGAAUUUAAAGUGGUAUUGUUAACUAAUGUGGACCAACUUACAAAAGAUGCACAGCAUGCUCUUAGAAGAACAAUGGAAAAGUAUGUUGCUACAUGUAGACUAAUACUUUGUGCAAAUUCAACAUCACGAGUUUUACCAGCUAUUAGAUCAAGGUGUUUAGGAAUUAGGGUACCAGCUCCAACAGUAUCAGAUAUAAGAAAUAUUUUGUAUUUAAUUUGUAAACGUGAAGGUUUAACUUUACCAAAUGAAUUAGCUACCAGAGUAGCUGAAGCUAGUGGUAGAAAUCUUAGAAGAGCGAUAUUAAUGCUUGAAGCUUGUAAGGUUGAACAGUAUCCAUUUACUGCAGAUCAAAAAAUUGCAGAUCCAGAUUGGCAAGUAUAUAUUCGUAAUACAGCUAAUAUGAUGGUCAGUGAACAGAGUCCCAAGAAACUUCUUGAAAUAAGAAACAGACUUUAUGAAUUACUUACCCAUGCUAUACCCUGUGAUUUAAUAUUUAAAGGUCUUUUACAAGAAUGUAUAAAAAAUUGUGAUCUUCAGCUAAAAAUUGAAAUCGCAACUGUUGCGGCUGAAUACGAACAUAAAAUGCAUAGAGGAUCAAAAUCAAUUUUUCACUUGGAAGCAUUUGUCGCGCGGUUUAUGGCAAUUUAUAAAAAAUUCAUUGAUUCAUCUCUUGAAGGCUUUGUUUAAUACAUUAAUUUAUGUACUUACAUACAUUUUAAAUACAAUUAUGCAAAUACAAAUUUGUUAAAUAAGUUCUUAUAUUUCUAAAUCAUAUGUAUUUAUUAUUUAUAAAGUAACUAAUAACAAUCUGUA